GAUGUCCCCAUCCAGAAGACUGGCCGGUUUACCCAGUUCUGUCUGCACUGUAGUCUUCCUCUACGGUAACCUUGCUGUAUGCCAUUCAUUUUUUGUUUCCUCUUCGUAUUUGGCACGGAUCGGCUGUAGGAAAAAUCUGACAGCAGCUAAAGAUGUAUACCUCCUUCAGACUCCUCGUUAACCCUGCUGCAGCGGUGAGAUAUAAGAUAAGGAACAGUUAUAGGUUGGCACCCCAACCCUUGUCGAUCUCCACACUGAGGGCAUCACAGAAUGCAGAACCUAAUUCCAGUAGAGGUCUCCAGCUUAAAAGGGACCUCCACUCCAGCAGCGCAUCCAGGGAUAUUGACACGGCUGCCAAGUUCAUUGGAGCAGGGGCUGCCACUGUAGGUGUGGCUGGUUCUGGGGCUGGUAUUGGAACUGUGUUUGGUAGCCUCAUAAUUGGAUAUGCCAGGAACCCGUCUCUGAAACAGCAGCUCUUUUCCUACGCGAUUUUGGGCUUUGCCUUGUCCGAGGCCAUGGGGCUUUUUUGUCUGAUGGUGGCUUUCCUCAUUCUCUUUGCCAUGUGAGCCAGCUCCGUUCCACCAAGUCCAGAAGCUACACCGGCAUGCGAUCUGAAAGAUCUUGCAUUGGUAUAUGAACAAAUAAAAUUUUUUAGUUACCUCUAA